GCUCGCGGCUUUCAGUGAGCAGGCGCAAAGGAACUGGCUGGGGCUCCGGCCGGGGGCGGGCUUGAAGACGCGUCGUUUGGAUUUGGAGACCGUGACGGAGCUAAGUGGGUUCCGCGGCUGGGCAAAAAUCGAUCGUCAGGGACCCGGCCAAGAACGAGGCCCGCGAGAUUCCCAAUGGUCUCCAUGAGUUUCAAGCGGAGCCGCAGCGACCGUUUCUACAGCACCCGGUGCUGCGGCUGUUGCCAUGUCCGCACCGGGACGAUCAUCCUGGGGACCUGGUACAUGGUCGUGAACCUGUUGAUGGCGAUUUUGCUGACUGUGGAGGUGACUCAUCCAAACUCCAUGCCAGCUGUCAAUAUUCAGUAUGAAGUCAUUGGUAACUACUAUUCCUCGGAGAGAAUGGCUGACAAUGCCUGUGUUCUUUUUGCCGUCUCUGUCCUUAUGUUUAUAAUCAGUUCAAUGCUGGUAUAUGGAGCAAUUUCUUACCAGGUGGGCUGGCUGAUUCCGUUUUUCUGUUACCGGCUCUUUGACUUCGUUCUCAGUUGCCUGGUUGCCAUCAGUUCUCUCACUUAUUUGCCAAGAAUCAAAGAAUAUCUGGAUCAAUUACCCGAUUUUCCCUCCAAAGAUGACCUCCUGGCCUUGGACUCCAGCUGCCUCUUGUUCAUCGUCCUCGUGUUCUUUGUCAUUUUCAUCGUUUUUAAGGCUUACCUAAUCAACUGUGUUUGGAACUGUUAUAAAUACAUCAACAACAGAAAUGUGCCUGAGAUCGCUGUGUACCCAGCCUUUGAAGCACCUCCGCAGUAUGUCUUGCCAACCUACGAAAUGGCCGUGAAGAUGCCUGAAAAAGAACCGCCACCUCCUUACUUACCUGCCUGAGGAAAUUCUGCCUUUGUCAAUAAACCCUAUACCAGCUUUUUGCCUUGUUUAUUUUACAGACUGCUGCAAUGCAGGGCUCCUACACUUGUUUGAUAUACAUACAUUGCCUUGUGUAAUCAUAUAUAUAUAUAUUUUCAAACACUAAGGAAGUUUUUGGACAUCUAUUAAGUGUCUUUUUUCGUUUGUUUUUUGGUUAGUCUAUUACAUUUUAAUAGUUUUUGAAGACAAUCUAGGUUAAGCAAGAGCGAAGUGCCAUUGUUUGCCUUUUAUUGGGGGGUGGGUAGGGAAGAGGGGUAUACUCCACAUAUUUUCUUUUUUAACUUUGCACUUUCUUUAUAUAAUCGUUUUGCAUUUUGUUUAUUUGCUGCCCUGGAUUCUUUGAGAAAAAAUGAGUUACAUAUCCAGGGCCAGUGAGUUGAGUAGAAAGUCUGAGGUUUUCAGCUGUGAAAACAGGAAAAAUACAUAGCCUUUUGACCUGUCUGUGGAAGUUGGUGGUUGCAUGUUUUUAAUUUGUGUGUUUCCAUCUUUGUGAUAAGACGCUUUAAUAAAUCUCUUAAAUAAUU